CGAGAUAGUCGGGCUAGACCGCUCCGCGGCAGAGACGUGCCGUCGCGGCGUCGUGCGGCGUCGGGACGCGUGUUGGCCCUUCGCCGAAUCCCGGUGGAGGCACCUGUCCGUGGUGUUGAUGGCACCCCAGCAACGGCAGCGACCCGGGUGCUCACCACAGACGUCCUCGCGCGAUCAUGAACAGCUCGCCGCAGAACACGGGCACCGCCGGCACCGGGCAACGGCGGACAACCGGUGUCGAUAACAGCGACGAGGAGGAAUGGAGCGGCGUCGUCGAAUGUGCUGUUCUUGAGAGAACUAAGUCCGAUAGGGUUGCACGCGCUGACGAGGACAGACGACGCCGGACGAUCAUAGUCGAGAAGAAGAACGGCACGUACGGUUUCACGUUACAGAGCUACGGAAUACAUUACAAGAGGGAGCAGGAAAUCGAGAUGGUAACUUACGUGGAUUACGUGGAAUACGACGGGCCAGCAUUCAAAGCUGGUAUGCGGGAAGGUGACGUGAUACUCUCUAUAAACGGCCACGAGAUGGACAGGGCCGAUCACAAGACCCUGGUGAACUUCAUCAAGAACUGUGAUACCAGAAUGCGGAUGGUCGUGUCGUUCGAAGAUUGCGUCAGAAAGGUGGAAUUACAUAUGCGUUACAUCGAGUUACAACGCGCCCUCCAAUCUCGCCUGGGCGAACUGGAGAGAUUGUGCGAGAGAGAACGGUCUAUUUUAAUGGGACGAUGGAAGACCCAUUCACUGCCAGCGCGCAAAAGAACGCCUAACAGCAUCGGCACUAAUCCCAAUCAGCCGUCGCCCUCUUCCAGCUUCAACUCUUCCACGAUUCAAUGCUGCCGGCCGGCAACCUCCACCGAACACCUUCUGCUUUAUAACGUGUUCGCGGAUGGGCGGCCGUGUCUUAUACCACGCAGUGCCGCUUGCCUCGUAACAGUCGGACCGCCUCGUUCUCGCAGCGACCAUCAUCACUUCCUCUCGAAGAUAUCGAGCGAAUCCGCGGUGACCUCCUUGCGCCACAGUUACCAUCAGACAAACGGUAUGAUGGGUACACCCGCGAAGAGCAAAUCUCACAAGCAGUCCUGCCAGCAGCUGCCACAGCCGCAAUCGUCCGCUGCUGCUGAAGGACCGUCGUUACAUUCGGCCCCCCAAAAUAGUCUCUGCGUCGCUUGCAUCUCCAGCGCGAAUCGCCGCCGAGAGCAGUCCGACAGCGUUAGUCUAGAUGCUUAUGAUCUCGCCAGUCCCUGCUGCGAUCCGAAUUGCGUGCCUAGUCGUCGACGCCGGGAGAAACAACGACGCGCCCGCCACGAGCAGGCUCUCCUUCAACAGCAGCAGCAACAACAGCAGCAGCAACAGCAACAGCAGCAGCAAGCCAACAUGCAGCACCAUCACGUUCAAGGACAACGAGAGCAACAGUCGCAGCAACAGUCGCAGCAGCAGCAGCCUAACACUCAUAGUUGCCCUCGCACAUCCGGCCAUAGUCUUCAUUCAAUCACCAGCAGUGACGUCUCGACGACAGCCGAGAGCGUCGCCUCCUGCUCCACUAGCCUCAGCACCGACACCCUGUACUGGGACCCGAGUGUGCACCAGCGACCACCGCCGUGCCUUCAGUACGCUAAACCUAAAUCUUGGGAUAAUCUGACUACCAAAGCCUUCGGAGGUUACGGCUUCGGUUACGGUUAUUUGGAUACCGUGACCAUCAAGACCCACAGCGCGGAACGUCCUGGUAAGGGGUCGUACAGCAGCGGCGGCGGUGGUAGUGGCAGUGGUGCCAGCAGAUCAAAGACACCGAUCGGUACCGUGCAGCGAAAGAACAGCGGUGCCAGCAGCAGCACCGUGUACUCUACGGCAACGAGCUCGACAGUCAGCAGACACUUCCAGCCGACCAAGUCGACGGAGAGCUUGCUGAUCCCACCGGGACAUUACCAAGGCGACUUGGACCAGGCGAGUCUGAGCUGCGAGUGUCUGGACGGCGGCGGUGGUGGCGGUGGACCUGGCUCGCGAUUCGUCCCGCUGGAUAAGCAUAAACGCGCCGACGAGGCGGCGGGAUACGUCCCGCCGACUCACGCGCAAGUCAGACACCGACGGUCUAGUCAUUCCGACGGAAAACUACGGGCUAUCAAUAACUCCGAAGUCACGCGAUUGUAAUAUCCUUUAAAUAUAUGUUGAGUCAAGUUACAUGCUAAUAAAGCGUCAAUAUAUAAAAUA